AUGUUUGAUGUUGCAAUGUUUUAUGUUAAUCGUGUUCGAUCUGAGAAUAAAGGAGACAAUAAUCACUCAGAAUGGGCUAAAAGUUGGUGUGAUGUGUUUUUUGCUUUACAGGGGUAUAUUAAACAAUGGCAUACUACAGGGUUGUCUUGGAAUUCUGCACCUGGUUCUCAACCUUCUGGGACUACACCAAAAAGCGGUGGAGGUGCUCCUCCUCCCCCGCCACCGCCUUCUAAUGAUUUACUUACACAAAUGGCUAGCAAACAAAGUGGCGGUGGGGGUAAAGAUCAAGGAAGACAAGCACUUUUUGCCGAAUUAAAUAAAGGGGAUGCUAUAACUUCUGGAUUAAAAAAAGUUACUGCAGACAUGCAAACACACAAAAAUCCCCAACUUAGAACUCAAUCAACAGUUCCAGCUGAUAAAGGAAAAUCUCCACAAAAAAGUGUUUCUCCGUCUGGAAAGGCUGGAAUUGAAAAACCUCCAAAAAUAGAAUUGAAAAAUCAAAAAGUUUGGGAAAUUGAAUACCACAAAGAUAAUCGUCAAAUCCAAAUACAAGCUGAUUUAAAACACUCAGUUUAUAUAUUUCGUUGUGAGAAUAGUGUUAUUCAAAUAAAGGGAAAGGCUAAUUCUGUAACUGUUGAUUCUUGUAAGAAAACUAGUGUAGUUUUUGAUGCCCUUCUUUCUCAAGUGGAAGUUAUUAAUUGUCAAAGUAUUGAAUUACAGACAUUAGGUUCUUUACCAACAAUUUCAAUUCAAAAAACGGAUGGUUGUCAAGUUUACUUAAGCAAAGAAUCUUUGAAUGCAGAAAUUGUAACUAGUAAAUCAAGUGAAAUGAAUAUAUUAGUGCCUAAAGGAGCUGAUGGAGAUUUUACAGAAUUUCCUGUGCCAGAACAAUUCAAGACAACUUAUAAUGUUAAAGAAAAUAAAUUACAAACUCAAGUAUCGGAUAUUGUUUAA